AUGGAGGAGGGAGAAGAGCGCUCAAAGACCCGCUCCAACGAGAUGGGCAAGCAGAAUCCUGGAAAAAGCACGAGGGAAGGAGACAAGACGGGACGGGAGGAACCCAGACAGCUUACCUAA